CUGAUAAUGGCGCUUUAUAUGAAGGCUUUUCAUUAUUUCGAGCCAAUUUAGUAGUCGAUCUAGUCAGCGGACAGGUGGGAAAAUUCAACAUAAAUUCUUUCGGAUACGUCAACUAAUUUUUGGAGAUCUCAAAUUUUAACCUCAUAGUUGUUGUUCCAGUUUUAAAAAAUUUCCCACUCUCUGCCAUACAUGUCAAUAAAUAUAUAUGCUCCCUCACUUGAUUUGCACGGUAACAACCUCAAGUUGUUGGCUGAAAAACUGAGAAAAAAUUGGAUGCAAAAGCUAUCAGGUUUAGAUCAAACAGAUGACUCACUAACUAGUUUGACCUGGCUAUAUGAUGCCAACCCGAUUUCGAUGAAUUUAGAGGCUGCAGCUCAUUAUGAUGGACAGGAAAUGAAUAUGCGUUUAUCUCUCUAUGAUAAUUACAAUAAAUAUUCUUGCAACGUGAAUCAGCCUAUUACAGGUAGCUUGUUAGAUCCAAAAGUACGAUUGGAAUACCGGACAAAAUGGACUGGCAAACCCCCUUUCUCCUAUGCAACUCUUAUUUGCCUGGCAAUGCGCGAACUUGGCAAGCCAAAAGUGACAUUAUCGGAUAUAUAUGGUUGGAUAAUGAAUAAUUUUGCAUAUUAUCGACACACAGAUUCUAGCUGGCAGAACUCCGUGCGUCACAAUCUUUCACUCAACAAAUGUUUUGAGAAGGUUCCUCGUGAUAAGGGUGAAAGAGGUAAGGGUGGUUUCUGGAGAGUAAAUCCAAGACAUAUUGAUUGGCUUGAAGCUAAUUUAGCCAAAUGUCGACGGGCUGCUCCUCCUCCAGGACCUCCACCACCAAUCCCAAGGUCCAUGUUAUUACAGCAACGUAAAAUGCAACAAAAAUGUCAAUAUCAACAAGCACUGUUGCCAAGAAAUUUAAUGCUAUCUCCGUCAUCUGUUUCGAUGGGCAAUCCUGUCACUGCAACUUCAUUCAAUACAAAUAUUUGUAUCUCUGAAUCUCCAACAGAUCCAGUUAAGACCCAUCACAUCGCAGCUCUGUCACCAUCUUCUAACUCUUCCUUAUCUUCAUCUCCAUUAUCAUUCCCUUCUGUUGGCUCACCUGCGAGUUUACAGUCUGCCAGAAUUCCACAAACCCCAGGACACGCAGCAUAUCCAAACGGAGUUCAUACCUUUAUCAUGAACCGUAGCAUACAUUCUGAAGUGAACAACUCAUCAACUUUACCACCUCUUUCCUUAUCUGUUAAUAUAUCACAGUCAUAUCUACCACAAACAAUGCCAUGUCAUCGACGCAAGAGUCCGUUGUUUAAAAAUCACUUACAGGAAAGUAUUGCACAAAAUGUUAUAUUUGAGUCAGAUGAUGGUUUCUCAGACAAUGAGAUCUCACAGUCUUUGAUUGAAAAUAAUCAUUCAACAACAAAUGUAAUACAUAAAUCACCCAAUAUCCACCCCAAAUUGAACGUGUAUGAUCCAAAUCACUCAGAGUGUCUCAGAAAAACCAGAAUGAAUAAUAAUUCUAAUAUGAAUUCAGUUAGUUAUAAAACCCAGCCUCUAUUACGCAACAGUAAUGAUAAUAAUGAUACCGGUCUCUUGGAUCAGCAGUCAGAUUACUAUUCAUCUUGUAAACCAAAAUCAAAAGCUAGCUUGGAUAAGUCUCGUAUCAAUAAUCGCAAUUCCAUUACUGAACGUUUAAAACGAUCGAAAUCGAAGCAAACAAUCAAGCAGUGUGGAUCUACCGAAACAAAAGCACUUCCUACUCGAGUGCUACCACCACGUCAAAGAUACUCCCGUUGGUCACUUCCUCGUCCAUAUCCAGUUACAGAGAGUAAUUUGGAAAGUAGUAAACAAGAAAAUGAUUGGGAAGACAAAAGUAUUUUGGAAACUACUGAUCGAAGAAAGGAAAAAAAGCAAGAUAAGAAUAAAGGGGUGGAAUGGGAUUAUGGCAGUCAGUUGCAAGAAAGUGAACUAAGUCCAUUAUUAAAUUACAUAGAAAAUGAUAAUCAUAAUAAUGAUGAUAAUACUAAUUUUAAGAAUGAUACCAAAGCUUCACAUAAUCAUUGGUCACUGCUAAACAAAGUUGAAAACCGUCAAGUAGACACGAUAUGUAAUUAUAUGAAUACAGAAUUGAGAAAGACUGAAGUAGUUAAAAGUGAUAAUUUAUCGUCUUGUGAUUUAUACAAAGAUUACUGUUUACCGAAUCACAAUACAUAUUAUCAAUCUUUAAGUGAUCAACAAUUCCAAUACAGUUCUCACUUCAUGACUACUAACAGCACAGAAACUACCGGCUUAUCUGGAUCUUUAUCAAAUUCUCCCUCUUCAGUCUUUUGUUGUCAUUCGAAUAAUACUAACUUGUAUUGUAGCUCUACGAAUAGCCUCCAUUCUUCAUCGUGUGAUACUCAAGAAAAUCAGUGUUCACCACAUAAUAAUAAUAAUAUUAAUAAUAAUAAUAAUAAUGGUUUGAGAAUAUCACACUCAAUAGUAGAACCAGAAUAUUUUAUAAAUGAUUCUACUGAGAAAACCCACUUCUUAUCUAAAAAAACUGAUAACAAUUUCAUGAAUACACCGUCAACGGUUGAGAAGUCAAAGUUACCUACCUGGGCAUCAGUAUUUUUGUCCGAUGAUGAUCAGAAUGAAUUAGACUGUUUAUUUACCGAUAGUAAACAUAAUGAUGAGUCUUUCAACUUAUUUAGCAAUGAAAGUUUUGAAUCAGGCAUUCAUUCAAGCUCAACACUACAUUCAUCACCUAUAUCUUUAUCAUCACCAACAUCAUCAGCUCUACAGUCUUCUUCAUGCUCUUUGACCACAUCUUCCUUUUUAUUUAAAAAAGAGAAAAAGAAGCCGGAUUCCUUUGUAAGCAGUUUUAAACAACCGACCGAUUCAACAAAUAUUCGCUCUUCAAAUGAUGUCAGCAAUAAUAAUAAUAAUAAUAAUAAUCCUUUCUUGGAAGAGCUUGCUUUAGACUCUGUUGAUUUUAAUUUCGACUCAAUAAAUGAAUUAGUUGAAAGUAAUGAACAUAUUCCACUGGAUAUUGACUUUAAUUUAACAGCUAGUUUCAAUAAUGACAAUUUUCUUGAUUCCUCUGAUUCACUAUCACAUGAAUGGAAUAAUUCUUCUCUGACUAUUAAUACUACUACUAAUAAUAAUACCAGUGAUAUUCCUGAUAGUCUGCUAUGCAAUAAAGCCCAUCAACAGAAACAACCUCAAUGGCCUGAAAAUUUGGCAGCUGAAAAUGAUAUUAUGCCACUACAAGAAUCUAUGACAAAUGAGUCACAAUGGUUAAAUGAUACACAAACUUUUAAUGCAUCAAAUGGUUUAACAAUGUUUUUAUCUGAAGCAUCUGUUCAAAUGUUUGAAGAAAACUUUCACGAAAGUGUUUAG